AUGGAAUUAUGUGACUAAUUUAAAGAAACUGUAAAAUUAUAUUUAAAAUAUAGCUUUAAGAAUAAGAUGACAAUAGAAGAUAAAUAUUGAUGUUUAGUGUAUGUAGAAAAUUGAGUAGAAUAUUGCCUUUUCCUUCAGUUAUCUCUGUGUUGUAAUAAAAACCAAAUAUAUUGAAAUAUUUACUGAUCGCCAGUCAAUUAUAUGAAAAUAGUGUAUAAAUAAUUUAAUUCUAGGUUUUAUUAUUAUUCUAUGCUUUAUAAGAUAGGUAUUAGGAAUAGUAGGAUUAUAUUAAAUUGUAUUUUGAUUGCGUUAUUAAAUGUCUUAUUAAUCAGGAGAGUAUUUUACUGAUUAUUGACUUUUUUUAGUAUAUUGUCAAACUGUGAAUGAUAAUGAUACCAAGCUAAGAUGGUUUCUACUAGAGAACUCAAAAAUUUUUAUCAAUAAAAUCUAACUGACCUUUUUUGACAAUGAAAUUGUUAGUUAAAAGGUAAAUAAUUUCUUUAAGAGUUUCAUUAAAUAUAACUCUAAUUUUGAUAUGCUUAAUUCAUGUUUCUAAUUUGCUUUAGAUAAAAGAAACGUAUGGAUUUUAUUAAGAGAAUUGGAUUAAUAGUUUGAAAUUGAUGUUGAAGAUUGUAUCAAAUAUCAAAUAUUUAAGAAUUGGUUGCCUUAAGUUAAGUGAUGAGUUCAAAGAAUUUAGAUUAUAUAAGUGAAAAAAUAGAAUAAAAAAGAGAAGAAGCAUCAAAUUAUGGAUUAACAAAAAAAGAAUUAAAAUAAUAAAUGUUAGAAGAAUGGUUAUUUUAACCAAGUGAAGUACCUUUAUUAGUAGCUAAUCAUGCUACAGUUGAUUAAUUGAGUAGUGAAGUUUUUAAGUCUAAUAUGCUCCUAGACUUGUUUUUGUCAUUUUUAUUGUUUCCAACAAGAAAUCCUUAAGUAGUUCCAAAUGUAAAUUUAUAUUUUUCAUUUUAGAAAUUAUAUAAUUUUUAUGUAGAUCUAUAUCCUCCAGAUCCUCCUUCAUUUAGAUAGUUGAAUGUUAAUGUAUCAUAAGAAAGAAGACCUAUAAUCUAAUUUAGAGCUUUCAGAACUAUGCAAGUCAUAACUGAUAAUAGAAAUAACUUUUUGUUAACAAGAGUUAACAAGGAAUAUUAUUAGAGAGCCUAUUCAAUGCUUUAUGAAUGUCUAAAAUAAGAUUUAGUUGCUAUAACUAUUUGUCCAGAAAUUAUUAUAUAAUAUUUAUCCUUCCUUUUAUAUCAAGAGCCUGAGAUGUCAACAUUCUUUCUGAUUUUUUAUAAUAUUCCUUUUAGAUUGAUGUUAUUUUUAGNUAGUGUAUGUAGAAAAUUGAGUAGAAUAUUGCCUUUUCCUUCAGUUAUCUCUGUGUUGUAAUAAAAACCAAAUAUAUUGAAAUAUUUACUGAUCGCCAGUCAAUUAUAUGAAAAUAGUGUAUAAAUAAUUUAAUUCUAGGUUUUAUUAUUAUUCUAUGCUUUAUAAGAUAGGUAUUAGGAAUAGUAGGAUUAUAUUAAAUUGUAUUUUGAUUGCGUUAUUAAAUGUCUUAUUAAUCAGGAGAGUAUUUUACUGAUUAUUGACUUUUUUUAGUAUAUUGUCAAACUGUGAAUGAUAAUGAUACCAAGCUAAGAUGGUUUCUACUAGAGAACUCAAAAAUUUUUAUCAAUAAAAUCUAACUGACCUUUUUUGACAAUGAAAUUGUUAGUUAAAAGGUAAAUAAUUUCUUUAAGAGUUUCAUUAAAUAUAACUCUAAUUUUGAUAUGCUUAAUUCAUGUUUCUAAUUUGCUUUAGAUAAAAGAAACGUAUGGAUUUUAUUAAGAGAAUUGGAUUAAUAGUUUGAAAUUGAUGUUGAAGAUUGUAUCAAAUAUCAAAUAUUUAAGAAUUGGUUGCCUUAAGUUAAGUGAUGAGUUCAAAGAAUUUAGAUUAUAUAAGUGAAAAAAUAGAAUAAAAAAGAGAAGAAGCAUCAAAUUAUGGAUUAACAAAAAAAGAAUUAAAAUAAUAAAUGUUAGAAGAAUGGUUAUUUUAACCAAGUGAAGUACCUUUAUUAGUAGCUAAUCAUGCUACAGUUGAUUAAUUGAGUAGUGAAGUUUUUAAGUCUAAUAUGCUCCUAGACUUGUUUUUGUCAUUUUUAUUGUUUCCAACAAGAAAUCCUUAAGUAGUUCCAAAUGUAAAUUUAUAUUUUUCAUUUUAGAAAUUAUAUAAUUUUUAUGUAGAUCUAUAUCCUCCAGAUCCUCCUUCAUUUAGAUAGUUGAAUGUUAAUGUAUCAUAAGAAAGAAGACCUAUAAUCUAAUUUAGAGCUUUCAGAACUAUGCAAGUCAUAACUGAUAAUAGAAAUAACUUUUUGUUAACAAGAGUUAACAAGGAAUAUUAUUAGAGAGCCUAUUCAAUGCUUUAUGAAUGUCUAAAAUAAGAUUUAGUUGCUAUAACUAUUUGUCCAGAAAUUAUUAUAUAAUAUUUAUCCUUCCUUUUAUAUCAAGAGCCUGAGAUGUCAACAUUCUUUCUGAUUUUUUAUAAUAUUCCUUUUAGAUUGAUGUUAUUUUUAGAUAUACCAGAAAUUUCGUAAUUUUUUACAUAAAUAAUGAAUUUCCUAUAAACUCCUUAUAAUAAAGUUCAUAAUGAAUCUAAUUUAUUAAUUUGGAAAUAUUUUGAUUUCUCAAAUUUUUUUUCUGAUUUACUAAAUAUGACUAUAUUCAACUCAAAAACUAUAGAUGAUGUAAUCACUUUAAAAUCAAAUGAAUUAUAUAGACCUAAAAAUUUAGAAGAAAUAUUAAGAAGACCAGAUUUUACUCCAUUAUAAGUUGAAAAAUAAUUUCCUUAACCAGAAUAAAAGAAGGUAGCUGAAGAAAUAGAUGAAUUAGAUUAAGAUCUUGAUCACAUUUUUCAAUAUCUUCCUAAUAAAUGUUAAAAAACAGUUAAGAUCUUUGAAAAAAUGUUUGAUCAGGCAUCAAAAAAAAAAGAAAGCAAAGUUAAAUAAAGAAUGUCUUUAGCAGCUACUCCACCUUAAUUUUUAUAGACCAAAAAUCUAAAAACUGAAGAUUAAACUCCGAUAACAUUCAGUCCUACUAGAAGAAGAACAAUUUUAGCACCAAAACUAGCAUCUAUGUUUGAUGGGAGCCUUAAGAGAUCAUUAAUUGUCAAUCCUAUUGAAUUUGAUAAUCUGCCUUAAACUACGACGAAUAGUACCACAAGAAGUCAAUUACAAGCCUUAACUAACCCUAGUAAUUUGUUUGGAGUAUUGACUGAACAAAUUUAAUUAAUCAACAAAAAGAAUACUUCAGAAAUUGUUUAGAAACCUAUGUUUUAAAGAAUGUUAGUAAAAAAACCAACUUAAAUGAUAAUGCUUCAUAGUAGAUAAUUGUCUAAUCAAUAAAGAUUAAGUUAAUAAUCAUCCUUAAUUAAUAUAACAGAAUCCUUAAAUAAAUCAAGAAUCUAAAACUCUAUUAUUUUAAAUAAGUUCACUCAUUUAGUUGGACCUAUUAAAAGUUAUGAUAUAGACAAAGAGUUUUGCAUUUAUCCACCAGAUUUGAAAGAUUAAUAGAUUGAUGAUUUCGAAAAUUUGGCAUUUGAUGAAGAAUUUCAGAAACUUUCAUUCAAAAAUGAAAAUUAUACAAAAGGAGCCUUAUAAUGUAUUUACGAUAUCCUUCAUAUGAUUUUCACUUAAAAGAAGUUUAUAUUAUAAAAUAAUCACCAUUUUGAAAACCCAGAGUUCUAUUUAAAUAUUUUAAUUGGAGAAAACAAAUCAUUUUUUAUAGACAUCAUAGCCAAAAACUAUUUACUGAAAUAGAAAUCAGAAGAGGAAUUCUUAUGUACAUUCAUUAUUGCAGGCAGAAUUUAUAAUUUGAUCUUGUCUUAGUACAAUCUUAAAAUUUUUUAAUUUAAUUUUCAAGAGCAUAUAAUUUUAAUAUGUAAGAUUCUUUUAACUUAACUACUGACAUCAAAAUUAUCAAUUAGAACAAUUACAUUAUUGGAGAGUUUUACUUUGAUUUUAGAAAACACAAAAUCAUAAUUACUCUCUCAUAUUCCAAUUUCUUUCUGGCAUUUAUUAAUUGAAAUGUAUUCAAUUCAUAAUUCCAAUUAAAUUUUCAUAAAUUAUUUUAGAAGAAUAUUUGUCACUACUUUCAUUUAUGGAAACAUAGUAAUUUAUCACAAAAUUCUUCUGAAAAUCAAUUUUCUUUCCUAUUUUAAGGAUAAUCCUGAAUAAAUUAAAAUGAUAUUUUUGAUAUUAUAUAUGAUGUUUAAAUUAAGACAAGAUGGCUUAAAACAAUUAAAGAGAUAAAUUACAAUAUUAUCUUCUUGGAAUGCUUUAUCAAACUGGUACAAAAAGUAAGUAUUAUGAUUAAUUAUUUUUUAGAGAUUUAUAAUGCCUUGAAUAAUUAAAGUUCUAAGAGUAUACAAAAGGACUUAGAAGUGAAGAUAUUGCUAGAAUUUAAAUAAUGAUAGAAAACAAAGAUUCAAACAAAAAGAAUAAAUUUUGUAAACCUUGA